AUGGACACUCAAGGAGCAUUUGUUCACAGUAGGAAUAUCAUGCACAACAUCAUGAUAUGUCAAGAUAUGGUGCAUCAGUAUGGGAAAAGGAAGAGUAGGCCUAGUUGCAUGAUGAAAAUAGAUAUGAGAAAGGCCUAUGACACUGUUGAGUGGAGGUUCUUGAGAGAGAUGCUGGAAAUUUUGGGGUUUCCUGAUAGAUUCAUUGGAUACAUUAUGACAUGUGUGGAGACACCUAAGUUUUCCUUGAUGAUUAAUGGGGUCAUGCAUGGGUAUUUUCCUUCCCAAAGAAGGUUGAGACAAGGAGAUCCCCUGUCCCCACUCCUCUUUGUUGUAUGUAUGGAAUACUUAUCUAGAAUUAUGAAGAAGAUAAGUGAAAAGGAGGACUUUGGGUUCCAUCCUCAGUGUAAAGCAAUGAGAAUCACCCACCUAUGCUUUGCUGAUGAUAUUCUCUUAUGUUGUAAAGGGGAAUUCACAGCAAUCCAUCUUGUUCUUAGAGGGUUUAAACUAUUCUCUGAAACAUCAGGACUACAAGCAAAUGUCAACAAAUCAGCUAUGUAUUUCAGUGGUAUGCAGGAGGAGGAUAUACAAAGGGCUUUAGACAGGUCAGGUUUCAGUAGAGAAUUUUUGCCAUUCAGGAAGGACACAGAUCAUCAAUUCAGUCUUGAUAAGCUUGCACUCAUAUUGGGCUCAGGUGGGCUUGGUAUAAGGAAUGUGUAUCUUUGGAAUAUAGCUGCUAUGGGAAAGUAUGUCUGGGCUGUUGAAAAGAAAAUUGACAACUUGUGGGUUAAAUGGGCUCAUACUAUACACAUUAAACAACAGUCAUGGUGGGAGUAUAAGCCAAGAAGCUCUCAAUUGAUGUCACAAUAUUCAAUUACUGAGGUGUAUGCAAAGAUCUCUGGUGAGUUUGAAAGGAAACACUGGAGUACUAUUAUAUGGGGAAGAAUGGGAAUUCCAAGACACCAGUUCUGCAGUUGGUUAGCAAUUCAAGGAAGGCUAAUAACAAGAGAGAAACUACAAAGUUGGGGGGUGUGUGACAGUAAUACUUGUUUGAUAUGUGAUGAUCAUAUGGAGGAUCAUAGGCACUUAUUUUUUAACUGUGAGUAUAGCAGAAGAUGCCUUAAUGAAAUCAAGCAAUGGUGUGGAAUUACAACAAGAAGUCAGGAUUGGCAGCAAAUAACACACUGGCUGGUCAGUAGAAGAAGAGGUACAAGAUAUAGGAGAAUGGUUCAAGCAGCUGCAUUAGAGGCUGUUAUAUACUGUAUAUGGCAGGCUAGAAAUCAAGCUUUAUGGGAAGGAAAAAUUCCUUGUAUAGAUCAUACUGUAAAGAAAAUCAAAGGUGAUGUAAAGCAUAGAUGUAUCACAAUCAUGCCUAAGAAGAUUAGUCAGACUGACAGGAGGUGGAUUGAAGCCUUGUAA